AUGAAAGUUUACUAUUUAUUAGUAUUUGUCGCCAUAUUGGGUCCUCCGAUAACUAAUGGUCAUAACUACCGUUAUGGUCUCAAUUAUCCUGUGGAACGUUCACCAGUUGAUUGUUCUACAUGUUCGGAUGGCGAACAAAUAGUCGAUCGAACUAGUUGCUCACGCUACUAUCUGUGCAUUGGUGGUCAGGCAUUUCGAAAAACGUGUGCUCCCGGUUUAUUGUUUGAUGCACGAUCUCGUUCGUGUAAUUUGGAUUAUUUGGUCGAUUGCCAAGUGGGUCGUUACAAUUACAAUGAAAAUAGAGAAAACUACUAUAAACCAAUUGUUAUUGAUAUCUUGGGUCUUUUUCGAUGGCCUUUUGGGCAUAAAAAUCCGGGUAAUGUGCCUUCAACUCAUGAUUCUUCGGUCAAUAAUGUCGAUGUUCAGCCGUCAACAACUUCGACACCUCUACCAAAUAAAGUGAAUCCACCUAUAACUACUACAUGUGAACCUACGACUACCACUACAACAUGUGAACCUACGACUACUACAACAUGUAAGCCUACUACUACCACUACAACAUGUGAACCUACGACUACUACUACAACAUGUGAACCUUCGACUACUACAACAUGUGAACCUACGACUACCACUACAACAUGUGAACCUACGACUACCACUACAACAUGUGAACCUACGACUACUACUACAACAUGUGAACCUACGACUACUACAACAUGUGAACCUACGACUACCACUACAACAUGUGAACCUACGACUACUACAACAUGUGAACCUACGACUACCACUACAACAUGUGAACCUACGACUACUACUACAACAUGUGAACCUACGACUACCACUACAACAUGUGAACCUACGAAUACUACUACAACAUGUGAACCUACGACUACUACAACAUGUGAACCUACGACUACUACUACAACAUGUGAACCUACGACUACCACUACAACAUGUGAACCUACGACUACUACUACAACAUGUGAACAUACGACUACUACAACAUGUGAACCUACGACUACCACUACAACAUGUGAACCUACGACUACAACUACAACAUGUGAACCUACGACUACCACUACAACAUGUGAACCUACGACUACUACUACAACAUGUGAACCUACGACUACCACUACAACAUGUGAACCUACGACUACUACUACAACAUGUGAACCUACGACUACUACUACAACAUGUGAACCUACGACUACCACUACAACAUGUGAACCUACGACUACUACUACAACAUGUGAACCUACGACUACUACUACAACAUGUGAACCUACGACUACUACUACAACAUGUGAACCUACGACUACUACAACAUGUAAGCCUACUACUACCACACCAGGAUCUCCACCUGGUUGCAAUGAUAAUAAACCACCAUGUUGCGGUUGUGGUGGAUGGGACCACAAUCAUGGUUCUGAUUGCAAUGGAAACCAUAGACCUAAACCACCAUGUUCAGGGGAUAAUGGAGAUGAUAAUGACAAUGGUUCCGAUUGCAGUGGAAACCAUAGACCUAAGCCACCAUGUCCCGGAUGUGGUGGAUGGGAUCACAAUCAUGGUUCUGAUUGUAAUGGGAAUAAUAGACCAAAACCACCAUGUUCAGGUGAUAAUGGAGAUGAUAAUGACAACGGUUCUGAUUGUAAUGGAAACCAUAGACCUAAACCACCAUGUUCCGGAUGUGGUGGAUGGGAUCACAAUCAUGGUUCUGAUUGCAAUGGAAAUAAUAGACCUCAACCACCAUGUUCAGGUGAUAAUGGAUCUUAUAAUGAUAAUGGUUGCGAUAAUGACGAUGGAUCUGAUAAUGACAAUGGUUCUGAUUGCAAUGGAAAUCAUAGACCUAAACCACCAUGUUCCGGAUGUGGUGGAUGGGAUCACAAUCAUGGUUCUGAUUGUAAUGGAAAUUAUAGACCAGAACCACCAUGUUCAGGUGAUAAUGGAUCUGAUGAUGAGAAUGGUUCAGAUUGCAAUGGAAAUAAUAGACCAAAACCACCAUGUUCAGGAGGCAAUGAAAAUGGAUCUAAUUGUAAUGGUAAUCAUAGACCCUGCUAUGAUCGACCAGAAUGGCCUUGUUCUGAUGAACCGGACUGCGACCACGAAUCUGACGUUUCUACAACGUGCACCACAACAACUCCCUGUCCGCCAUCAUCACACAAUUCCACAAAUUCGGGAACUGGCGACAAUACUGGCUCGAACAACGGAACCACCAAUCUCAGUUAUUUGAUGGGACCCAACGAUUGUGCCUCUUUGCCCGAUAAUACCAUACUCUUGGAUUUGAGACAUUGCCGUCGUUUCUAUGUUUGCACCAACAGACGUGUAAAACGGAAUCGGUGUCCCAUUGGUGAAUGGUAUGACAAGGACGUCCGAAGCUGUCGUCCACGUUCUGAGGUGACCAAUUGUGUGGCAAAUAAGAAUUAG